AUGGCAACUUUCAACCACAACAUUCUCAAAAUACAGGUUUUUGAACAACACAAGGUCUCCGUAGGUACGACUCGAGCACGGCCGAGCCAACAGAUCGAACCUCCUCCACCAGCGCCCGCUCCGCCUCCGCCGAUACAGCACCAAACCCUACAGCAGCAGCAGAACGCUCGCAGGAAGUCCAACUGUGUGAAGGAAGUGGAGAAGCUUCAGGAGAAGCGGGAGAGGAGACGAUUGCAGCAGCAGGAGCUGAGAGAGAAAAGAGCACAGGAUGUCGAGGCCAUAACCCCUAAUUAUGAAAUAAUGUGCAUGAUCCGAGACUUCAGAGCGAGUUUGGACUACAGACCGCUGACCACUGACGAUCUGAUUGAGGACCACAGGAUAUGCGUGUGUGUGCGGACACGUCCACUGAACAAGAAAGAGCUGACCAUGAAGGAUCUGGACGUCAUCACCAUCCCCAGUAAAGACGUGGUCAUGGUCCACGAGCCCAAGCAGAAAGUGGAUUUAACCAGAUACCUGGAGAACCAGACGUUUCGCUUCGAUUACGCUUUCGACGACACCUCGACAAACGAAAUGGUUUACAGGUUUACCGCCCGGCCGCUGGUGGAGACCAUAUUUGAGAGGGGAAUGGCGACCUGUUUUGCUUACGGUCAGACGGGCAGUGGGAAAACUCAUACCAUGGGAGGAGAUUUUUCUGGGAAGAACCAGGACUGCUCUAAAGGGAUCUACGCUCUCGCUGCACGGGAUGUUUUUUUAAUGUUAAAAAAAACAAAUUACAAGAAGUUGGAUCUUCAGGUGUACGCGACAUUCUUCGAAAUCUACAGCGGGAAGGUGUUUGACCUUCUGAACAGGAAAGCGAAGCUGCGUGUUCUUGAAGACGGUAAGCAGCAGGUUCAGGUGGUCGGACUGCAGGAGCGAGAGGUCAAGUGCACCGAGGACGUGCUCAAACUCAUUGAGAUGGGCAACAGCUGCAGGACGUCCGGACAGACCUCGGCUAACGCUCAUUCGUCCCGCAGUCACGCCGUGUUUCAGAUUAUUCUCCGCAGGAGGGGCAAAAUGCACGGCAAAUUCUCUCUCAUUGACCUGGCUGGGAACGAGCGAGGGGCGGACACGUCGAGCGCCGACCGACAGACCCGUCUCGAGGGCGCAGAGAUCAACAAAAGUCUCCUGGCGCUGAAGGAAUGCAUCAGGGCUUUAGGUCGAAACAAACCACACACUCCGUUUAGAGCCAGUAAACUCACACAGGUCUUAAGAGAUUCCUUCAUCGGAGAGAACUCCAGAACAUGUAUGAUCGCUACAAUCUCUCCUGGAAUGGCAUCAUGUGAAAACACAUUAAACACUCUGAGAUACGCCAACAGAGUGAAGGAGUUUGGGAUCAGCCCAUCCGACAUUCCCUUCUCCCAGGGGGGAGGCGGGCGCUCCGAACUCUCUCCUACCUAUGAGUAUGAUGACUUUGCUACCUCACCCAGCAGGGUGAAGGAGCUGAGCAUCGACCCCAGUGCAGUGCUGGAGGGCCGCUCCGUCGGCCAGCUGGACGUGCUGGAGGCGCAGUGGGGGGUGGGCAGCUCUCCUCAGAGAGACGACCUCAAGCUGCUCUGCGAACAGAACGAAGAGGAAGUGUCCCCUCAGCUCUUCACCUUCCACGAGGUGGUGUCUCAGCUGGUGGAGAUGGAGGAGCAGGUUCUGGAGGACCACCGCGCCGUGUUUCAGGAGUCCAUACGCUGGCUCGAGGAUGAGAAGGUUCUUCUGGAGAUGACGGAGGAAGUCGAUUAUGAUGUGGAAUCCUUCGCCACUCAGCUCGAACAAAUUCUGGAUCAGAAGAUUGACGUGUUAACAGAGCUCAGAGAUAAAGUGAAGUCUUUCCGCUCUGCUCUUCAAGAGGAGGAACAGGCCAGUAAGCAGAUCAACCCCAAACGUCCUCGAGCGCUGUAGCUCUCAUCUCAGCCACGUCUCAAACAUCUGUAACCUGUACGUGAUGUGACCGUUUUCUUCCAUCCCAGAAAAGCACAUUUUAAUUCCAGAAAUCAUUUCAGUUCUUGCUAAAAUGAAUGAUGGUAGAGUUUAAGGCCAUGAGAGAGGGUGUAUGUGAGAUUCUCUGAGCUAAUGCAUGAACAAACCAGCUCUGCAUCUGUGUCAAGCCUGUAAAUAUUUCACAGAGUCAUUCAUGCUUUUCAGAUGUACUGUAUAUACUUGCUCAAACCUGCUACUUGCAUAUCAGUUCAUGAAAUACAAUGCCGUCCCAGUGGAAAAGGGAAAAUGGUCUUGAGAUUAGGGAUGCACUGAUAUAGAGAAUUUGACCAAUAUGUCAUGUUUUAGAAACGAAAGCACACUGGCUGUCAGUUAUGAAACACAAACAUGAACAUUUAUUUAAAUAAAUGCCUGAAAUUAGGCAUAUACAUGUGGGAAAGAUUUCAAAUUGGUACAAUAAUUGUACAAUAAUAUGGUCUGAUAUAUUGUGCAUCCCUAGUUACAGUAGAAGUUGCAUGACUGCAAUAUGGAUGAUCUCUAUUGAGACCUAGAGGAACUGACUGAUUUAAUAAAACGUGUCUAGCAUUGACUGUUUUUUUGUUGUUUUUAAAUGGCCAGUAAGAACCUUUACUGUAACAAAGUAAAACAAAUGCAGGCCUUAUUGCACCAAACCUUUUCAGUGAAAAUGUCUAGAUGAGCAACUAUACAUGUAUUAGCUAAUUCAGCUCAGAUAAACAGUCCAGAGAAGGUCACGUGAUAGACUUUUCUGAUAUUAUUAUGAAGAGAGAUUUUGUUACCAGUGUUUUGUUUACAUUUUAAGAAAUAUGUGAUGAAAGUAGUCAUAAAAUUCAGGCUACCGUCUCAUUUUUUUUAAAUAAUGUUUUUCAUCAUCAGUGUUCCCCGUUAAUGCUUUUGUUCCCAUCUCAUUUUGAACUGUUGUUUGUGUUGAGGGGAAUCUGGAUCUGUAUCUGGACUCAGUGUUUCAAUGUAUUGCAUUGCUAAAAUAAAGAUCCAUCAGAUGACGACAGA